AGCAACCAGCAUGGCGACGGAGAAGCUUGGGCUCAUCUGCUUAUGUUAGCUUAGCCGAGUAUUAGUGCCUGUAAACGAUGGACAGCGGCGAUUAAAGUGCGGUAAAAUGUGCCCCUCCGUGUACGUGGUGCGCGGUCAAUAUAAUCUGGAUUCACGGCUACGGUCGGUUAAUAUUUAUGGAGAAAAUGGGACGUUUUGAAGACGAUAUGGACUCAAGAAUAGUACCAUCUGGUAGUGCGUCUUCCGCCUCUGGGUACAGUCUCCGUUCAAGGGGAUCCAGUGCAAAGAUUAGCCCGUUCUGCCCCCGCUCCUCCAGUAAACUCACCCAGUCCAUCAUCAAGGAUCACAUGAUUUCUCACUACAAGAAGGUUUACUCGGCCAAAGCUGCUAUCGACACCUCCGUGCCCAAAAGUCUGCUCUACAGUGUCAAGUACAAUGAUCAGCUGAAACGAGGAGGGACACAGAACAGCAUGAGGCCACAGUCAGCUCAUUCCCUCUCCCAGAGCAGCCGAACGGGUUGUUCUCCAGCACAGAGCAGACUGUCUCUCCAGUUCGACCGAGGCCCUUCCCUGUCUUCCGGCAGCUCCUUGUCCUCCACCCCCAGACCAAGCACCUCCUUCCACCCGAGAAGCACUGUGUACCCAACCUACAGCAAAGAGCAUCACCACCCACGCCCCUCCUCUGAGCACAGGCACCGGACCACCCUACACAACUCACUCACCUCAGCCAUUGCCGGCGCAGAUCAACCCUUCAGCUACAGAACCUUCCAGGACCCCGUUCAGAAGACCUACAGUGGAGACCUUCUGGAGAAACAUGCACAGCGCUUCACUGAAGAUAAGCCAUUUACCCCCAAGACGCUGAAAACAGAUCAGAGCUCCUACCUGUCCAAGUACAGGUACUACAGGAGCCCUCAGAGGACCACUCAGGACAGCCACAGCUCAAGCCUUAACCAGAAGCUGCACAAAAGCACAAGUAACAGAAAAAGCACACAGGAACUUGAUGAUCGAUCUCAGGGAUUCAGCACAGACCACGAGUUGUCUGAGGACGACUUGAGCCACUCGUAUUUGUCUACUACGAGAGACCACAAAAGCAAAGAGCUGGAUGUGUCCCGCUCCUAUCACAGGGUUUCCUAUGGAAGCACAAAGUCCUCCAUUUCUAGAAGUGUUGCAGAAGAAGAGGAGGAGCUGAGGUGCCUGGAGUUUAUAACUGCUGUGACUGAUGACAUCUUGUCCAGAGGAUUCAUCUCCGACAGUGUUGUUGACCGAGUGAUCAAUCGCCAUAUUGACAUGAAUCAAUAUCAUCUUAAUGAGGGUAAAAUGCGCCACCUUCUGGAGGUACUGCGCAAGGACUUAAAACAACCAUGCAAUUCCCCCAUCAACACUUUGAAUUUUGAGAGACAGGAGGAAGAUCAUCUGCCCAACAGUUUUCUUCAAAAUAUUAACUAUGAAGAGACCAAAGAAGACACGGACCAAUUACAUUAUUUAUCAGAUAUCAAAACAUCUGAUUCUAUAGAUUACCCCAGCCCCAUUUGCGCCUCAACUCUACUUUCUGAAUCUGAAAAGACUUUUGUUGUAGAUCAGAUUGAUUUAAAUGGAGAUAAAGGGGCUAUAUCUCCACAUAUGACUAAGUACAGUAGUUUUAGUGAAGAGGAUGUACAUGAGAACCAAUCAGAGAAUAAAAAUAAAAAUUAUAUUAGUCAAUCAGAAGGGAGCGACACUCCGGUGAAAGAGCACCCUGAUGUGGGGGACUUGGGGACUGCACUGGAGUCUUUGAACGUAUCGGACCAUUCACACUGUGAUGAGGAGGAGCCCGCAAAUGCAGCUGUUAGUGAUGAUGAAUUUUAGACAUUUGAAUAAGUGUGUAAUGUUUUGGGAAAAUUUGUGUUGUUUUUAUAUUACCAAUAAGGUGUUUAAGGUGUGUUAAGUUUUGUUUUAAGACAAAUACAUAAAAAUAAAUACAUUUCUAUGAG